UAUUUUUAUACCAAUUGAACUGUCUCUUUUCUCUAAAAUAAUGGAAAGACUGAGAUUUCUGCCUACCAUGAGGCAGGGGUGGUCCUUCAUUUGUGUCCGGUCUGAAUUCUGUGAAAGUUAGUUCUUCCGGAACCUAAGCUGCUUUGGUCCCUAUCCCUUCAAGAUCCCAGCUCCCUCCUCUCUUCCCGGGUGAUGCCCAUGAACUGCCAGUAGAGGCCACUCUAGUUCCACGUGUGGGGAAUCACCUGGUUCAAGGCACACCCAACCGUGUCAUUUUCUAUACCUUACACUGAUUUUCUGCACUGAGUAGUGGCUUAAAUUUCUUGAGGAGAUGCCAGGGACUCCUGGAUUUGGUUCUCCAAUGACUUGGAGGGCUGUCUAGGACUCUAGCUGAAAUAAAGGUUCCUUAACUUCCACCUUGCAAAGUAGCCUUCUGAUAUCCAGUGAUCCCCUCAUUGUCUGCGGAAAGAGAUUUGAGAUCUUGAACAGUGGAGGAACAUUUGCUGUAUUCGGCUUCAGAGAUCGGUACCGGUAGCUGACAAUUUUUGGAUGCCCCCCCUGUGUUAGGCUCUGUUAAGCACUUUACGUGCCUGACCACAUUUAAUUUUCACGAAUCUUAGGUGGUUUAUCCCUUCUUUGUAGGUGAGGACACUGAAACUCACGAUAAGUGACUUCUCUGAGGUCCCACAGCUUAGGGAUGGGGUGGGCGGUGGGGUUGGUGUAGAAAUCUGACGGCUGAGCUCAGGCGCUCAGUGCUUCUGGCCCACUGACCAGAUCAGAGGCCUGGUAUUACAAACCAAGGGCUUGGCCUUUGGCAGCUGGCCAGGUGCUUCUUGCAGAACUGGGUCCUGGGAAUAUUGGGGGAUGGUACCUGCCAGGAGGUGGGAAAAUGGACAGUUCAGUGCCUGCGUGUAGCACACAGCACUUCACCAGGCAUCUGAGAUCUGCAUUCUGCCUCAGACCCGUUCUGAGGGAAAGGUAGCACUUAUAGUCAAUCCAGAUGCCCUCGAGUCUAGGCCAAGUGUUGGUGCUUAGAACUCCUACCAGUGCUGCCACCAGGAGUUCAGGGGCAGGGGACAGGCUGCGCACGUGGACGUAGUGCCUUGAGCCAAACCACGGAACAGAAAAUUGGAACAGAAUUAUAUAAAUUAAGGUCAGAAAUUUCCUGUCCAGCCCACAGGGUGGAGUUUUCUCCAUUCCUUUCCAUCCUACUGAAUAUAAACCCUGAUUUGAUGUCAGUAAGGGGAAGGAGCAGCUGUUAGGACUCAUAUUUCAGCUCUGAGUUCACCAUGAACCUCAAGGUAGUCCUUGUGUUCCUGGCACUGUCCCUCAUUACCAUCUUUGCCCUGGCCUAUGUUUUGCUGACCAGCCAAGGUGGCUCCAGCCAGCCUCCCCACUGCCCCUCUGUAUCCCCCAGUGCCCAGCCCUGGACACCCCCCGACCAGAGCCAGCUGUUUGCAGACCUGAGCCCAGAGGAGCUGACGGCUGUGAUGAGCUUCCUGACCCAGCAGCUGGGGCCAAGCCUGGUGGACGCAGCCCAGGCCCGCCCCUCGGACAACUGCGUCUUCUCGGUGGAGCUGCAGCUGCCCCCCAAGGCUGCUGCCCUGGCCCACCUGGACAGGGGGAGUCCCCCGCCUGCCCGGGAGGCACUGGCCAUCGUCUUCUUUGGCGGACAACCCCAGCCCAACGUGAGUGAGCUGGUGGUGGGGCCACUGCCACACCCCUCCUACCUGCGGGACGUGACAGUGGAGCGUCACGGGGGCCCCCUGCCCUAUCACCGACGCCCCAUGCUGGGAACGGAGUUCGCCCAGAUGUGGAAGCAUUUGAAGGAGGUGGAGCUGCCCAAGGCACCAGUCUUUCUGGCUUCGGUCUUCAACUACAGUGGCUCCACUCUGGCACCUCUGCAUGCCACCCCCAGUGGCUUGCGCUCGGGGGACCGUGCUACCUGGAUAGCCCUCUACCAUAACAUCUCAGGUGUUGGGAUUUUCCUUCACCCAGUGGGGCUGGAGCUACUGUUAGACCACAGGGCCCUGGACCCUUCCCGCUGGGCUGUCCAGCGGGUCUUCUACUUUGGGCGCUACUACGCAGACUUGGGCCAGCUGGAGUGGGAGUUUAAGGCUGGCCGACUGGAAGUUGCUAGAGUUCCUCUACCCCUGCUGGAUGGGGCUUCAUCCCUGAAGUCCCGGGCCCCCCCAGGCCCUCUCCCCCCUCUUCAGUUCUCACCGCAGGGCUCCCGGUUCAGUGUGCGAGGGAACCUGGUGACGUCCUCCCUCUGGACAUUUACGUUUGGCCAUGGGGUGUUCAGCGGCAUGAGGAUUUUUGAUAUUCGGUUCAAGGGCGAGCGAGUGGCCUAUGAAGUCAGUGUCCAGGAGUGUGUAACUGUCUAUGGUGCCGAUUCACCCAAGACCAUGAUGACCCGGUACUUGGAUAGCAGCUAUGGACUUGGCCGUCACAGCCGGGGCUUGGUUCGGGGAGUGGACUGCCCCUAUCAAUCUACAAUGGUGGACAUCCACAUAUUAGUGGGCACCGGGGCAGUCCAGCUGCUCCCAGGGGCCGUAUGUGUGUUUGAGGAGGCCCAAGGACUACCCCUUCGGAGGCACCACAAUCACCUUGAGAGUCAUUUCUAUGGUGGUUUGGCUGGCUCGGCCCUUGUAGUCAGGUCUGUGUCAUCUGUAGGCAACUAUGACUACAUUUGGGACUUUGUAUUGCACCCAAAUGGGGCUCUGGAAGGGCGGGUCCAUGCCACGGGCUAUAUCAACACAGCUUUCCUGAGUGGGGGUGAGGAGAGCCUCCUCUUUGGGAACCGUGUGGGGGAACGUGUGCUGGGGGCGUUGCACACGCAUGCCUUCCAUUUCAAGCUGGACCUGGACGUGGCAGGGCUGAAAAACUGGGUGGUAGCUGAAGACGUGGUGUUUAAACCUGUGGCAGCCCCUUGGAGUCCAGAGCACCAACUGCAGCGCCCACAGAUGACUCGGCAGGUCCUGGGAAGGGAGGACCUGACAGCUUUUUCCUUGGGAAACCCCCUUCCCCGCUACCUUUAUUUGGCUAGCGACCAGACUAAUGCCUGGGGUCACCAGCGCGGGUACCGAAUCCAGAUCCACAGCCCCCUCGGCAUUCACAUGCCCCUGGAGAGCGACAUGGAGAGGGCCCUCAGCUGGGGGAGAUACCAGCUCGUGGUGACCCGGAGGAAGGAGGAGGAGUCACAGAGCAGCAGCAUCUAUUACCAGAAUGACAUCUGGACACCCACUAUGGCCUUUGCUGACUUCAUUAACAAUGAGACCCUCUUAGGAGAGGACCUGGUGGCUUGGGUUACAGCCAGCUUCCUGCAUAUCCCUCAUGCUGAGGAUGUCCCCAACACUGUGACUCUGGGGAACAGAGUCGGCUUCUUGCUCGGACCCUAUAACUUCUUUGAUGAGGACCCCUCCAUCUUCUCCCCUGGCAGCGUCUACUUUGAGAAGGACCAGGAUGCUGGGCUCUGCAGUGUCAAUCCUGUGGCCUGUGUCCCCCAUCUGGCAGCCUGUGUCCCAGACCUGCCCCCUUUCUUUUACCAGGACUUUUAGCCCCAAGGGUGUGGUGGGACAUGGAGGGGAGUUGCUGAGACAUUUGUACCUACUUUCUCUCUGUUCUCACUUCCUGCAAUGUUCCUUAGGAAAACAGCCUCCCAUAGUAUACCCAUAUAUAUCCCCUCUCUUAAUUCUUACUUUCAGUUCAUUUUAAAUGAUGAAUUUAUAUAAAUGAUAUUAUUAAAAUAUUCAAGCAAAAACAUCACAAAUUCUACCACUCAGAAAUAGCUAGUGUUCACAUUUGGUGAACAUUAUACCAGACAUUUCUUUUAUGCAUAUGCAUUGAAAUGGAAGAAUAGAUGGAAUUUUGUAAAAAAUAGAUGGUGUGUGUGAUUUAUAAUAAAAUGUAUUACAAGAUU